AUGAGGAGGCCCGGGGUUUUCCCAUCACUCUGCUCCAAGGGGAAGCGGAAACUGCAUCGUGCACAUGUUCGAGAUCUCAUGUUCGCGAUGAACUGCCCAUCUUUGUCCGAUGCUCAUUUGGCCAGUCGCUUGCUGUCGCUACCGUGUACCAGUACUCUGCUGCACGUCAAGGGUCUGGAAACUUGGCGACAAAUCAGGAAGCUUAGGUCUGGCCCCGACUUCUUGGCCGCGAUUCGUUUCGGCUGCCACUUACCACAUCGUGUCGCUUACGGCCCCUCGUCUUCCCCUCAGCCGGUGCCGGCUCACCUAGGAUCCGAGCUUUUUGACGCCAUCGUUCAAGCCGCCGAUCCCAAGCAUCCAGACCACGCAGCCUGGCACGACAGAUACGCGUCUCUCUCGAUUCCUUCGUCGCGCACGUCCGUGGCCAGCACUCACAGUCGUGACAAGCUUCCGGCUUCCUCCUCGCCUGUUUCACCGCCGACUUUGCGCAGAUCUCUCGACCACUCAGACCCUUCCGCACGCCGGAAGACUCCGUCGCGCAAAGUUGGCAUCCGUGAUCUGCCUUAUCGACCGACUCAUGAAGCAACAGGAUCGGACGCCGAUGAUCCCAUUUACGAUGACCCAGCCUAUUCCUCGAAGCGAGCCUCGUUCGAAGGCUCCCUACGCUCCUUCCGUUCGGUCUCGGCCACAAGCUCCGGCCAGCGACGGCGCAACCGCAGGCUUCAUGGGUCUCCGAAGCCGCUUGUCCCUCCCAUUCCACCGCCCCGCGUCACGAGCUCAACCAAUUGGCAGUCGACAUUUGGCUCGCCGUCCAUGCCUGAUCUAGCUGGCACCUCGACUUCGUUCACGCAAGGCCAUCCUUCCUCUAGCAACACGAGCGACAACCGCGAUCCCCAUCUCACGCACGCUCGCUCAAAUUAUCUUCUGGCGUCUCCUUCGGCGCCCUCAUCGCUGCGAUCAACUCAUCCGUACGCUUCUGCUGUCGCCUUCCGCGAAGAGCCCGAGCAAGACGUACAGCCUUUGCCGCCCCGGACUGGCGGUGGACACUCUUGUUCGCUCCAAACAAAUGCUUCAAGAUCUAGCAGCAAUCGGGCGCCUCUGCAGAAUUCGACUUCGUCGCUGAACGUGUCGGCCCGCGUCGGGCGGGCGAGCAUGGACGACGCGGCUCGACGUGACAGAGCUGAUUCGCACUCACUCCGAAUACGGCGGCCUUCAGCGCUCGCAGUUGCAUCUCCACCAUCUCCCUUGCAGGCUACGCAGAGGACAAACGUGCAUCAUGCCGCAGAGUACACAGCGGCGCCGCGUAAAUCAAUGAGCAAGAUUCGACAGCUUCUCGGCUCUGAAGCUUCCGACCUCGCAGCACGCCCAUUGCAAGGUCCGGUACGCUCGCCCUUACCGACAGAGCGGAAGUUUGACACGCCGACUCCUUUGCAAACCCCCGCACAAGAGAGCAUUGCUCGAAAUGCAAAACAGACCGCCGCUACAGCACAAACUCCUGCCGUCAACCCUCGUGCUGCGUGGCAAAGUCAUGACGGACCACGAAGCGUCGACCUGAACAUCUUUCCGAUGCGCCGCGAUGACGAGUUUCGCACCAACGAGUUUGAAAUGGAUUCGUCUGACGACAUGGAGGCAGAGACCGAAACUCGCUUCGCGCAGAUGUCGCCGCCGGGCUAUUCAUGCACGAGCCCCAGCUCUACUGUCAGGUCAGACAGACGUCCGGGUGUCGUCAGACGCAGUCUUGAUUCAAUCAUCUCACCCUUCCGAGCCGGCUUGCUCAACGGCAAAUCGUCUGGUCCCCAUGCGACGACGGCGUCGGCGAGUGGCACGGAACAGAUUGCUGAGGGCCGUGUCAGCUUCUCAGAAUCGCGCUUCGCCAAGCCCUUUGUCCCUCGCCAGCGUACUGCUACAAUGGCAGGGCGGACGCGACCGCUCAGCAGAGUCAUCGACUGUCCCGACGACGAGCUUGAGGAGACCCUGCAGCCACUCGAUCUGGACGCGCAGGACCGCCGAGCAACGAGGAGUAGUCCUCGGGCAGGGAACACCAAUGCAAGUCUUCCAGAUGCGUCGGCGAGCAGCAUAACAGGUUCUCAGAGUGUAGCAAGCACCUACAGUCAAUCCACGAGCCACCUCCACGAUACGUCGGUCACGUCGCAUGCACCCACCAUUGUGCAUCAACGCUCGCGUGGCAAGCUUGGAGGUCUGCUGACGAAAUUCAAAGGUUCGAGCUCGUCGAGAGCCGUCAACUUGCCCACGUCGCCGGCGUCUGAUACGCAAUCCUCUUCGCGAUCAGCUCAGACUCUCUACCAGCAAUAUCCUCUGUCAGAGCAUGCUCUCCCGAUCACGGCGUCGCCAUCUUUCAGCGUCAUCUCUACCGAUAGUCCGGCGACCCAAAGGCCAGAGCGUCCGUUCAGGGCUCGCGUCAAGUCGCUGACCACCCUCUCCUCCUCGGGCAGCAAGGGCCAAUUAGACGACGUUCCCCCAGUGCCAGCCAUACCAGUCGCCUUUGCAGCACCGGAUAACAAUGCUACGAGGUCGGUCUGGGAAGAAUCUCCCUCGAUACCAUCUUCCUCCACCUUUCCCUCGGAGCACAGCUCGGGCACCAUUGGAAGGCUGCUUCGACGCAAAAAGGCCCAGCAGAAGCCUAAUGUCGUCUUCGAUAACGUCGCACCGCCGCCUUCCCAGACGUCGCCGCCAUCUCUCUUGGUCGAGGAGCAGGCUGAACCAAGGUCGUCGAUGUCUUCCGCCCGUGCUCGCGAUGGCAUGGCACCGUCAGGUGCGUCCACAAACAUCGCUCAGUCGCGAACCACCAUUCGGAAGACGCUAAGUCCAGCUUUGCUGAGCGACACCCUCCAACCGAGUAUCGAAUCUGGACUCAGAUCAGAACAGCAGGACGUGCUUUCUACCUUCCCCACUUCUCAGGGUGACCGUCCAGUAGCCGAUCACGGCGACGCUUCUUUGCAUUCUACAAGCGACGAUCCAGCAGAGGAAAUGGCGGACGCUGAGACCGACGAGCAGCGUUUUAGAUCGCCAUUGAAACGCUUCAUUCGAGGUCAAGCUUCAGUCGACCGGCUCUCGCGCGUAGAUGAGCUGAGCGAGCGUCUCUCAUGGAUGCCGGAGGCGGAUCAGGCCAGCGAGCUGCGACUGUCUGCGUCCAUGCCUUUGCCGACGCCUUCCACUCACAGCCCUCGCUCCUUUGGUGAACACAGAUCGAUGCGCAGAAGUAUCAGCGGAAACUUGCGCGAACACACUGCCCCGUCGAGCUUGCAGAUUGAUGCCUCACAGAAGGCUCGACCAAGGAAAACUAGUCUCGAUAUCUUGCGGCCUAUGCGAAAGCGGUCGGAUACGAAUCUGCACGAUAGCGACCAACUUGCAUUGUCCUCGUCUUUGAGGUCACCCUCGACGUUCUUGACUUCGACACCCAAGAGUCCGGCAACUCCUGGAAUGCGCGAACAGUUGACGCCUUCAUGGCGGCCGACAGGCUUCGGUGCGCCCAGGAGUGGCCGAUCUUCGUUUUCGCAGGAUCGCGAUCGAGCUCCUGUUGCAAGUCCCAUGAGCCCGCCUUUGCCGUCAGGUCGCGGUGUCGGACAGGCCUUUAGGCGACUGGGACGAAAGAACAAAAGCAACAAGGGCAUCGGACCAGCGGAUGUCAUCAUCGUAGAUCGCAACGACGAUGUGGACGGAAACGAAGUUCCUGGCGAUUGGAGCUGGCGGCCUUCAAUGUCUACCGAGCCAAGGCCGUCCUUCGGAACAGACGCACGACCAUCCUUCAGUGGAUUGUUGCGACCAACUGUCGGAGGAGGGGACAGACCAAGCUUCGACUCGAUUUCGCGACCUGAAGUGGGGGUGAGCAGCCUGAUGCCGAGCCCUGUGACCUCGUCCUUUGCCACCAAUGGACCAAGACAACGGCCUUCAAAGGAGUUGAGCAAGAGUACCGCAUCGGUCCACGCCUCUCCUGCCGACGAGGAGGGGAGAUCUGCUUCAGACGGAAGCGUUGUUGCCGGGCUGGGAAUCAACGCGAUAGCUUGGACUGAAGCUGUGCCAUCGCAAAAGGGCGAAAACAACGAUCUCUCCGGCAGCACUUCGGACGGGACGUUCACCACGCAUGGAGUCUCGACGCCAGAGAACGGAUCGCUCUCGCACAGCUGCAUGUCGCAGAUGCCGACGAGGUCGGACUUGACCGGCGCGACGACUCCGCUCGCUGGUCGAGUUAGCAUGGAUGUCGUCUCGCAGCCGACGCCGCCGCCCGUCAAAUCAGCCGAGCUGCUGGCUCUAGAAGCCAUGCUGGGCCGCUUCCCUCAGCAAGAAAAGGUGUUGCUGCAAGACAUUUCAGCGCGCGUUGCUCAAGGGGGUGAUGUUUAG